UGAGACAGAUCACACACAGGGUCUGUCACCACACCUUUCCAAACCCCACACAAGAUCUGUGUCAGCCGGAUCCACCAAGACCUUGGGUAUGGGCCGCAGCUCCACAAAACCCAACCCCCUGAGCAGCAUGGGACUAACAUCUUGGUUUGCUGGGGCACCAGGAGUGGACCCGGAGUAUGUAAUGCAGCUGGUCAAUGAUGUGCGUUGGUUUUCUGAUGUGCUGCUCAACCUCAAGGAUGCAUUCCAGUGUAAAGAAAAUCAGGACGGUCUUCAGGAGGUGGUGCAGGAACGUUUGUCAGAGUUACUCCGCGUCCUCAAGGCUGUCAUCAGCAAACACCAGACCCUCAACUCUGUAGACAUCCUGGGAGCAGCUGGCACAGUCAUUGCCAAAGUCAAAGGCGUUGACUUCAAGGAAGUGAACCCAGAAAAGAAAAAAGCUAUUUUUGGCGAAAUACACACAUCCAUUGACACUUUGGCUUUCACAUUCGGCAAUGUAGUUUCUGACUUCCUUAUGGGAGAUGUGGAGAGUGGCCCAGGGUUGGGGACCCCCCAGACCAGGAGAAGCAGAUCUUUUGACAACCUCUCUGUGGAUCCCGGAGUAUAUGUUUCAGAAAAAAGUGACCUUGUGGGCUCAGACGUGCCGUUGUCACGGGAGGAAGAAGUUGACUUGACCCUGUUGAAGAAUGACAGCGGGGUGGAGUCUGCUCUACUCUACGCCAAAGCCUGGUCCAAGUAUAUCAAAGACCUUCUGGCGUGGAUGGAGAAAAGACUGGCCAUGGAUAUUGAAUAUGCUAAAUGUUAUGCCAAAAUGGCAGAGUCUGCAAAGACACUGGCCAGUCAACAGGACUACAUGCCAUUCAGUGAUAUCUAUGUUUCUACAUUCAAGAAAGACACAGAAUACAACCAGCUCCUUACUCAAACUGCAACAGCUCUUCAAACCAAUAAAUUCAUACAGCCUCUUCUGGCCCGCAAAAAUGAGCUGGACAAGUUGAGGAAAGACCUCAAGGAACAGUGGCAGAGGGAGCAGAAGAAAAUGCAAGAGGCAGAUGCAACCUUGCGUAAAGCCCGGGUGCUGAAGGCUCAGAGGAGAGAAGAGUACCACAAGGCCCAGUCAUCUACCAACCGCUCCCAGGAGGAGCAGUCUAAUAAUGCUGGUAACAAACAGCUGGAGAAGAAGAGGAGGCUGGAGGAGGAGGCUCUGCAGAAGGCGGAGGAGGCCCAGGAUCAGUAUCAGAGCUGUAUGGCUGAUGCAGGCAUCAGGAGAACGGAUCUGGCCAAUGCUAAGAGCAGUAUUCUCACACAGAUCCGAGAGUUGGUCUUCCAGUGUGAUCUUACACUAAAAGCUGUGACUGUGAACUGGUUCCAGAUGCAGCAGGCGCAGACUGUGUUGCUCCCUGCCCACUACCAGGCCCUGAGUGAGAGCGCUAAGUUGUAUGAACCAGGCGAAUGCUAUGCUGAGUUUGUCCGGAACCUGCCCAAAAAUCUGCCUAAGGAGCGUUUACACUUAGACUCCAUGUCUUCUGACAAUACCAGGCAUAUGUUCAACAAAAGGUCAGUGGGCAGCACUCACUCAUCUCAUGGCAACCUGUCUCAAGCAUCCAUUACCUCCUGUGACGUGCUGAGUGGAGACGAAGUGGACAGUCCUCUUACCCGGCCAGCAAAGAUCAGCAAGCAGAGGUCAAACAGCAGCACAGACAUACAAGCCCUGAAAAGCCAGGCUCCACUGAGAGCCUGGGCCUCCAGUGGUCAGGGGAGCCAGGGUGGGAUGUGCAGUGACUCAGAGAGUGCUGGAGGGAGCAGUGAAUCGAGGUCCAUGGACUCCCCCACCGCCAGCCCGGGCGACUUUAAACGACGGCUGCCAAGAACUCCCUCCACUGGGACCAUGUCUUCUGCUGAUGACUUGGAUGAGAGGGAGCCACCGUCGCCCUCAGAUAAUGGUCUGGCAGAGAUGGUGACAGACACGGCCAGUUCUCCUGGUCCUUUCCGAAAUGCUCAGAUGUCCAAAGCUGCUCAAACCCAUAAGCUGAGAAAACUGCGAGCCCCAUCUAAGUGCAGGGAAUGUGAUAGUCUGGUUGUUUUCCAUGGAGCUGAGUGUGAGGAGUGCUCCCUGGCCUGCCAUAAAAAGUGUCUGGAGACGCUUGCUAUCCAGUGUGGCCAUAAAAAGCUCCAAGGCAGACUGCACCUGUUUGGUAUUGACUUUGCCCAGGCAGCAAAAAACAGCCCAGAUGGUAUCCCCUUUAUCAUCAAGAAGUGCACGUCGGAGAUUGAGAGCCGUGCCCUCAACAUCAAGGGGAUUUAUCGUGUAAACGGUGCAAAAUCACGUGUUGAGAAGCUUUGUCAGGCGUUUGAAAAUGGGAAGGAUUUGGUUGAGCUGUCUGACCUCUCACCUCAUGACAUCGGCAAUGUCCUCAAACUCUACCUGAGACAGUUACCAGAGCCACUGAUUCUAUAUCGAUACUACAACGACUUCAUCGGCCUGGCCAAAGAGUGUCAGAGAGUGAUAGUGGAGGAGACUGAUAAACCUCCGAGCACCCAGACAGGAGACAAAGGUGGGCCAAGCAUCCAGCUCAACAGAGUGAUUUUCAAGAUUCGAGAUCUGCUCCGCCAGCUGCCUACAGCCAACUACAGGACUCUGCGCUACCUUAUAGCACACCUAAACAGAGUGUCAAAGCAGGCAGAAGAAAACAAGAUGACCGCAAGUAACCUGGGCAUUAUCUUUGGCCCCACUCUGGUGAAGCCACAGCAGAUAGAUGCAGACGUGUCCCUGUCAUCCCUGGUGGACUACCCCUACCAGGCCCUGAUGGUGGAGCUGCUAGUGCGACACUUCUCAGUGGUCUUUGACGUAUUGCAACUGUCUGGCUCUGACAUUGCCACAACUGGCCAGGCAUCCCCUAAACUUAACCCUCAAGAGAAGCUGCAGCGACUCAGCAGACACUCAGCUUCUCUAAUGGAUCUCAAAGAGAGUGCCAAAACCUACAAAAGAUACUCAUCAGUGAUCCCAUCCUCUCACAUCCUGGAUGAGGCACAGGAGGUCCACCACGGAAGAGACAUGACAGAUGGCUCCGCCCUGGCCAGACUCAAUGGGGUCCAGACAUCUAGUGGUGGAGAAGUCCAGAGGUCAACCUUAGUGUACAGCCGUCCCAGCAUCACUACUCCUUCUUCUUCCAGUGUGGCACCAAAGGUCCAGCUACGGACCCAGCGCACCAGACAUGUGUCUCGACCAGUCAGUAUGCCGCUGGAACGCCUGCCCACACCCACCCUGAUCAGCGAGAGGAAUAAUCGAAACACUGCUGCUAAUGCUGAUACAAGCUCCGCUGAGCGUGACCUUGUCACAGAAACUAUACAGGAGACGCCAGAGCCAGAGAAGGCUCGCCAAAGUAGCUCAUCCAGGGUUAGCACCUACUACAUCACACCUUUCAUUGACACACAGACAAUGCAAAGAAAAGCAUGGGACCGGAAGUACAAGCACUAUGAUGUUACACCCAGGACUGCUAUGAUUGUGGCCAACCUGCCAAAUGCCAGCUCUGGAGUACAACCUAUAAAGGCAACGGUGCCUGUCACUGUUAAUUCAACUGUAACCACUGCCUCUGUGGUUUCUACCACAAGCAGUGUGAGUACUUUAUUCUCCAACAGCCCCUACACAGUGUCAGUUAAGCCUGUCUGGACCUCUAAAAGGGAGAAUGACACAGAAAAUUCAGUCAGUGAGUCUAACAGCUCAGCAAACCUUCCUCUAACCCUCAGGGCACCGAGGACUCUGCAGCCUCCUCCUGGGACUUUUUACAAGCCCCCUGUUUUCGUUAACAGCAGAGACAGGACACUUCCAAACACGAUUACUGCUGUUACCACCACCACCACCACCUCUGCAGUCACUCCAGUCAGCCCUGUCCAGGUAGACGCUCCAUCCCCUGUCCUUGCAAGCCUCCCACAGACCCGGCUCCAGUCACAGGACUCUACUGACAGUGCCAUUGACCCUGGGACCUCCUCUACCCUUUCACCCCCCCAGUCCCCAGUCUCAAGCAGCCCUGAUAACCUCAGCCCCAGUGAGACUAAGCCUGUCUACCAAAGACUGCGACCUCGGCGACUGCAGGAAUUUGGUAUUUGUGCCAUAGUGUAUUCCUGGGGUAAACAUUUUUAUCAACAGAGUGGCCUAUGA